UUUGGUGCAGCGAGGAUGAGCGGCUGGACGGGUAUUGAGCGGGGCUGCCGGCCACCAGGGAGCGGCGGCGGCGGCGAAGAACGGGAGCGGCCCAGGAAGCGCCGGCACAACGAGGAGGAGGAGGAGCAGCAGGCGGGCCGCAAGGCUCAGAAAUUAGAUGGGGGACACUGCAGUAAAGUGGCUGCACAUUACAAUGAGCUUCGAGAGUGCGGAUUGGCAGUGCGCAAUCAGAGUCGAAUCGUUUACAUGCGCAAUUUCAACAAUUGGAUCAAGAGUGUCCUUAUUGGAGAGUAUCUAGAAUUGGUGAGGCGGAAGAACAGGCGUAACAUCUCUGUCCUGGACUUGGGCUGUGGAAAAGGUGGUGAUUUGCUAAAGUGGAAGAAGGGGCAAAUUAACAAACUGGUUUGUGUCGAUAUCGCUGACAUUUCCGUGGAACAGUGCACUAAGCGAUACGCUGACAUGAAAUGCAGAGGCUACUCUUAUGAACCUCUCUAUGUUGCAGAGUUUAUAAGAGCAGACGGCACCAAGGAGUUGCUGAGUGAGAAAUACAAGGAUCCAAACGCUACAUUUGAUAUCUGCAGCUGUCAGUUUGUCUACCACUAUUCCUUUGAGUCUCUGGAACAAGCAGACACCAUGCUAAAGAACGCUUGUGAUCGCUUGCGACCAGGAGGAUAUUUCAUUGGAACUACACCAAAUGCUUUUGAGCUUGUGAAACGCCUGGAAGCAUCAGAGACGAACUGCUUUGGAAAUGAAUUAUACAGCGUAACUUUCCAAAAGAAGGGUGAAUACCCGCUCUUUGGCUGCCAAUAUGACUUUAACUUGGAAGGAGUAGUCAAUGUCCCUGAAUUCCUAGUUUACUUUCCAUUGUUUGAAGAGAUGGCUAAACGACACAAGAUGAAGCUAGUCUUAAAAAAGACUUUUGCAGAAUUUUUCAAAGACAAAGUCCAGAAUCCAGAACAUGAAAUGCUAUUGAAGAAAAUGAAGUCAUUAGAGAAAUAUCCCAUUCCAGAGCGCAGUUUGGGGUCUAAUAAAGAUGAUUAUGAACAUGCAGAAGAUUACCUGAAGAACCCACAAGCAAAGCCACCAAUUGGCACAUUAAGCAAAUCUGAAUGGGAGGCUACAAGCAUAUACUUGGUUUUUGCAUUUGAGAAACAGGCAUAAGCAAAACCUCCAUUUGCUUUUGGUGAGAACUUCGCUGGAAGCUGAGGAUAUGAAAUUCUAGUCAAGUGACGUGACGGCAGAAGCUGAGCUUUUGAAGAUGGUUUUGAAGACAGUAUUUUAAGUAUGCCUGGUGGGCAUGGAGGCUAUUUUAGAUUGUGGAUUUAAGAUGAAGUCCUUAGCAAUCGGCUCCGAGCUGUUAGAUGCACAAGAAACAAUGUCUUGACGGAACGUAUCAUUUUUAUAACUUUCUUUGUACUAUACUUAUGUUUUAGUUGCAAGUAUUUUUUUCUGUUAAAACAUUUUUGGAUACUGAACUUUUUACUUGGGAUGCCUUUUCAAGAAAUUGGAAAAAAAGUUCUCACUGCUUUUUUGGGUUUUUAAAUGUAUUUGGGACAGGGCAGCAUAGGUAAUUUUAUUUGUUUUCUGUCGGGGGGGAAAAAAUCUGGCAGUUAAAAUGAUAUACUUCGGCCAUCUUGCGAUGUAAUCAAAUAGCAAUUUUGAUACCUAUCUCCCGUUAUCUGCUUUAUUAGUGGUCGAGUGGUUUCUCCACACACACUCUUUAUCUGGAUCAGCUUCGGUAGAAGUAAAACCAUAGAGCAGCCAGAAACUUUUUCACAAUUCAACAUGCUUAAGAAGGACAUUUUUGUUUUUUUGUCUACUCACAAUUCAACAUGAUCAUGGCCUAUUAAAAAUGAUUCUUAUUGAGUCAUUUUUCUGUUUUGUUUCCCCCCCCCCCCCUCUUAGUCCUUCUGUCUUGUUCCACCCCCCCCCCUUCACUUUAAUCCGAUGUCGUUCUCGAUUCCCCUACUUUGAGCAAAAGACUCUGUGCGUUUACCCAAUCUAUUCCUCUUAUGAUUUUCUACACUUCUAUAAGAUCACCCCUCGUCCUUCUGUGCUCAAAGGAAUAAAGUCCAAGCCUGCUCAACCUCUUCCUAUAGCUCAGGCCAUUGAGUCCUGGCAACAUCUUUGGAAACUGGCCCUCGAGUCUUGGCACCAUCCUCCUUUCAUAAGUAAGUCAAUUUUAACUUUUUCCUCAAAAAUUACUAUAUAGCUUUUGAAAGAUCAAGAUCAUCUUCUUGUACCUUGGUUCCAACCUUGGGCAUCAUAGGUCAAUGUCCAAUGUAGCAACAGUGGGAAGAUAACAUUUUCCACAUCAUAAAGCUUUUGAUUAAUUUCUCGGCUGCUCUCUUUUCAGUUUUGCAAUCUACUGACAAGUAGAUUUUAUUCCCCUUACUUUCCUUUAGAGUGCUUAGCAAACAUGAGAUCCUUGUGGAACAUGCCCAUGUUCAUCAAUUUCAACAUGGGAAAUUAUUUAUGACUUCCCUGUCUCCAGUAGAGUUCUUUAUUCUUGUGGCCAUUCCAUCUUUAAAUGCCGGCUUCUCUAAAGUCAGUUCUUGUUUAAAAACAUUUUGAUGGUCUCAAUGUAUUAUCUUCUGUGUUUUCCUUAUAGAACACAAAGACAGUCAAAAGUAAUGCAGUAAAUUAAUUGUGGCCAGGUGUCUGAAUAAACAACUUUUGUUUACUCCUUAUGAAUGUUUCAAA